UCCGGAAAGGAAAGUAAAUAUGGAGAAAACUAAUCUCCUCUUCCUUGUAGCCUCGGUUGCAAGCCUGAGCACAGCUUCCUCGAGUACCACUAGCGUUCUUGCCCACAACAACACCCUUGAUCAUGAUCUAGAUGCUCUUCUUGCCUUCAAGUCUACCAUUUCCGACCCCCAAAACUUCCUUCCAAUCAAUUGGUCCACUUCUACCUCUGUUUGCAACUGGAUAGGAAUCACUUGUAACAGACGCCAUCAAAGAGUCGCUGCCAUACAUCUUCCUAAAAUGGGCUUAGUUGGAAACAUACCUCCACAGUUGGGGAAUCUCUCUUUCUUAGUCUGGCUGAACCUUCAAAACAAUAGCUUCCAUGGAAAUCUUCCAACUCAGCUGGUUCAUUUGCGUCGACUCAAGUACAUCAACUUGGCAUUCAACGGCUUUGAUGGCGAAUUUCCAUCAUGGUUGGGAGCUUUAUCUCGACUUCGUUUUCUUUCGUUGCAUAGUAACAGAAUUUCAGGUUCAUUGCCACCAACGCUCUCUAAUGCAACAAUGUUAGAGACCAUCAGGUUGGGUCGGAACCUCAUAACUGGAAAUCUGCCUCAAGACUGGAGUGCUUUACAGAACUUGGAGGCCCUUGACAUGGGACAUAAUAAACUUGGAGGCCCUUUGCCUCAGUCUUUAUUUAACCUCUCCUCAUUGCAGAUAUUAAUUUUUACGAAUAAUACUUUAUCCGGUUACCUUCCGGCUAGUAUCUGCCAUCAUCUACCACGACUCCAAGGGCUUUAUUUGUCACGGAACGAGUUUAGCGGCGCGGUUCUGGCUGGUAUUGGAGGUUGUCCAAGGCUUCAAAUCUUGUCCUUGUCAUACAAUAAUCUGGCAGGAAAUAUGCCACGACAGAUUUGGAAUCUAACUACACUAAGGGUGUUGUAUCUAGGCGGAAACGAUAUUCAAGGUCAAAUCCCAGCAGAUAUUGGCAAUCUUACUAAUUUGCAGCGGCUAGGCAUAGAGUUUGCUAAUCUGACAGGUGUUAUACCUCGUGGGAUCGGUGACCUUUACGAGUUGGAGGAAUUACACUUAGGCGAAAAUAGGUUAACAGAUCCUGUCCCACAGAAGCUAUUCAACAUUUCAACUCUUAGACUACUAUCCAUAGAACUUAAUGAUUUUUCAAGCAUUCUUCCUUCCACUUUAGGUGUUACUUUACCCAACCUUGAGGUGCUUCUUCUUGGGGGCAACAAAUUCACCGGAAUUAUAUUGCCAACUCUCUCCAAUGCCUCUAAAUUGAAGACUCUAGACCUGACAAGGAAUAAAUUUGUUGGUGAAAUUCCUGAUUCUCUUGGUAUUUGA